AUGAACUUUCUAGACGUGGUCGUCCAGGUAGAAAACUGGGGAAAGAGUGAUGUCUAUCUGAAGGAGAGUUUCCUACAUGCACUGCCAGGACGAUACGGCCUUGUGAUCCGAAUUGCCCCGUUCAGCACAAAAGUUAUCACGGCGCAUACCUUCUUUGCCCGCAAUAAGUCCUUCGGGAGGCCCUCUACCGUAGAGGUUCAUAUAAACGGGAAAUUUAUUCAGCGCUCGACUCCACAGACCUUUGUACAUUUCCCAAAGAUCAUCGUUGACGAUGGUUUUACUGAUGGAGAGGGAUCAAUCAUCCGUGUGAUUCAUCCCCAAAGACCUCUUGAGCUCUCUCGUCUAAGGGCAUUCAACUUCCUUGCUAUGGGAUUCAAAGAAAGAAAGGAGGUGUGGAUUGUGAAGAAAUAA